AUGGAGGCGUCUGCCAGUAAUGACUCUUGGGAAGAUGAAGCUAAUUCAGACAGAGCUGCUUCCAGUGAUGAAAGUGAACAAGAUGAAGGCUUAUCUGACAGAGAUGAUGGGGAGGUUGAGGAUGUUCCUCUAAUACCUGAUGUUCCCCCACCCAGAGAAGAACCCCCUGCAGAAUCAGCCUGGGAAAGAGGUUUACGUUAUGCAAAAGAGGACCGAGAACGUGAACGAGAACGCCAUCCUGCUCUGCUGCCCCAACGAGAGGUUCAACGACAACCAUAUGGCUCUCCUAUUGAGAGAAUGGACCGAAUGGACAGAUCCGAUAGAAUGGAUCGGAUGGAUAGAAUGGAUCGAAUGGAAAGAAUCGAUAGAAUGGACCGAUCCUCCUCCUUCACCUCCUACACAAGUCGAUCGUCUUACAGCCGUUCAUCAUCUUUCUCGUCACGUAGGCCAAAUAGGCGAAGUUGGAGUGGAAGUUCAAGUGGCAGCAGCCUCUCACAUUCACCAUCUCGAUCUCAUUCCUUAUCACGCUCCAGAUCACGAUCCCAGAGCCGGUCGUCGUCAUCAUCAUCCUUCUCACGUUCCCCCAGUGCCAGCAGUAUCAGCUCCUUCAGUAGCACGGGUUCUUCCACAUCCAGUGGCAGUGCUGACUCGGAGCAUUUGUAUCGUGACAUUGCUAGUCCUGCAAGCUCACGUGGCAAGUCACCUUCUCACAGACCUAAAGAUAAAGAAAGAGGGCGCCAGAAACCAGUCCGCAGCAAACCAUCAAGUAGUCAAGCUUCAUCUAAGCCUCAUUCUAUGCCACCAUUACCAUUACCAUCAAAACCUCCCAAACCUGACAGUCGACAAGUCAGUCAGCAGCCACCCCAUCACCAUCACCAUCAUCAUCACCACCACCAUCACACAUCUGCUGAUUCUUCAGUUACAAGAACUGUCAGCACAGGCCCACCUGGUGGAACAUCAGUACUAUCCAGCAAAACUAAGGAUCCUUUGAAGUUAGUUGGGCAAAAGUCCAACAUUAAGCUAACUCUCAUCAGUAAGCCUUCAGAAAAGGAAUCUCCUGCUCAGAGCAGAAAGAGGCCAGCUGAAUCAAAUCUGACGUCCUCGAACAAGAGACAGGCUCUACUUCCAAAUGUUGCCAAACCUUCUGAUAAAUCCAUGAAAGUUACUUCAAACCGGACAGACAAAGCAGACAUUUCUCUACCUCGAAUGAAAUCUGCACCUCUUUCUCAAUCUACAACCCUGCCAGCUCCAUCAAGUCCUCCACCAAAAGUUCCAAGCAAAGGUUUGCUCUCGGCGGCCAAGGCCAGUGGAAUGGCCAGACCAGGACCAGGCUCUGCCGGGGCCAUGGCUGCUGGAGCAGUCACUUCUGCUUCAAGCUCAGCAAAUGCUGGGGCAUCUACCACACCCUCUGGUACUGCCACAGCAAAACCCAAAAAGAGUACAUCCUCUCGAAGAGAGGAACUUCUCAAGCAGCUCAAAGCUGUAGAAGAUGCCAUUGCACGCAAGAGGGCCAAGAUGAAUUGA